AUGGAGCCGAACACCUCCAGCUCCGCCGACGGGACCUCCCCUGCAAGCUCCGUGCAUGCCCAGGGCCACCUCUCGCCGACCCCGUUGCUCCCAGAGCCGUCGCCCGGCCUCGCCUCUGCGUUUGGCUCCGGCUCCGGAACGCCGGCGGCGGGGCCGCAGGGUUCCCUGUCCCUGUCUGUCCACGGGCACGCGACGCCGCCGCAGUCCCUGCCCUCGUCAUCCUUCCCCUGGCUCGGCGCGGUCCAUAUGACUGCUGGAGACAUCUCCGCCCAACCAGAAGCGCCGGCGGCUACCCAUCUCCCGACGCUGCUCGUCAGCGGACAGCCGUGGGACGUGCUGGAGCAACCGUCGUCGUGGACAGCGCCGGGCAUGCUGCCCGCGUCCGAGGGCGCCUUCUCCGGGUUCGCCGGCCAGUCGGCGUUGCUGGAGCAGAUCGCGGCGUGGGCGCCGCAGAGCGAGAUGCCGUUCGUCUCGACGCCGUCUGGCUCGGGCCUGCCGCCGCGGAGCGGCGACAUCAUCGGCGCCGGGUCCGCGCAGCCGCCGUCGGAUUGCGAGCUCGCCCCGCUGCCGCCGAGCCUGCGCAUACCUUCGCUGGAGGAGACGAACAAGUUGAGCACCUUUGGCGAGAGCAUGCUUCCCUGGCACUACGGCAGCUCGUCCAUGGACGUUGGCGGCGGCUCCAUUUCCUCCAUGCCGGAUCUGACAACCGGAGCCAUGAAAGCACCUCUGCUGCCGAUGAAGCAGGUGCCCAUCGACGCCGCUCGCCGUGAACCUGAGUUCAUAUCACCCAUCGACCUUGACGGCGAGGACCUGCCCGUGCCGAACAACUCAACUUCCGGGGACCUCAGCAGUGCCAGGAGGCUCAUUUAUGCGAAGGAGAUCAUCAGCAAGGACAAGAAGUUGCAAGAGCUUAUAAACACUGACCCUAAGAAGGCGAAGAGGAUUAUAGCAGAUCGGUUUUGUGCAGCAAAGAGAAAGGCCAUCAAGGAUAUGCGCAUCCUUGAGCUCGAGCGCCAGAUUGAGAUACUGCAGGGCCAGUAUAACACUUUGUCUGCAGAAUUGUCAUUGCUGCAGGGGCAAUGCGCCGAGCUAAAGACACAGCGCAAUGAGUUGAGCAUGAUAAUGCUGGAGCUGGAGCAUAAGGUCUUGCUGAAAGAUGUACCAUUUUAG